AUGGAACAACCACCCACAACAUCUCAGAGUGCCGAGCAGCUUCUAAUGAUGCAGCUUCCGCACGGAACAGACCGCAUACUCUCAGAGACAUCAUCUGUUACCAUUGCCGGAGAUCUGGGCACAUGGCCAGACAAUGUCCCUUUCCGACUGGCCAGCAAGAAGCUCCCGGUUCAGCUGGCAGAGUUACAGAAGGGGGCAAUAACUUCCACCUAUACACAGACAGAAACCAUAACCCCACAGAUAGCCAUGUUGAGUUCCCCCAGGUUGUCAGGACGGCCUCUCGUGGGACUCAAUAUUAACGGCAAGACAACCCUGUGCUUUCUUGACACUGGAUCUGAGGCCACGUUGAUAAAGCCGAGUGCCAUAGCUAUGAUCACGUCUUGCCAAAAGCUUCAGCACAAACCCUCCAACAAGAUUCUCCGAGGAGUAACAGGGCAACCACUUCAUGUGUCUGCUGAGGUGACACUUCAUUUUCAUAUGGCUGAUGAUUCCACCAUCGUUCAUCAGGCCAGUGUGGUUGACGUUUCCUUCCCAGGUGAUAUUCUUAUUGGGAUGGAUCUCCUCAGGCGGCUGGACAUUACUUUCUCCUCUGAAGCCUCAACUGGGAAUGCCACCAUUAUUCUUCAGGGACACACAUUCUCAGUUGUCUACACUGAUGCAGAGUCUCUCAAGAUUUGCUGCAUCAAACCCCUGUCACCCACAGAAGUUGCCAGUGAAGAUGCACCAGAGUCUAACCAAGUUUCCCCAGCAGUUGCAGCAGUGCAUCUUGUACACCGUGCAAAUAUUGCAGCUCACAGUGGCUGCUUUGUAGAAGGGUCUCUUUCGCGGAGUGGGCCAACAGAUGGUGAUGUUCUUGUAAUUCCGACCAUGCCAAAAGGACUUCUCCUACCCCAUGCUGUCACCAAAGUAAAGGAUCGUCGGUGCUCUGUGUGGGUGGUGAACACAAUGCCCAAACAGAUGGUUCUCCACAAUGGAACACGCCUUGGAACAGCUGAGCAGGUAGAAGCCAUCUACAGCAAUGACCCAUCUCAACACCUGCCCGAAAUGCCUGAGGAAGUCGUCGCCAGGCCCAACUACUGUCCUGUCGAGUCUGAUUCCCUUGAAGAUGGUGACAAUAUCGACUUUGGGUGGGAAGAGGAUGGCUUUGAUCGACAAUAUGGAGUGGAGGACUUCGGUUAUAAUGAUCAUGAGUUGGAGGUUGAACACGCACAGCUACCGCCAUCCAUUGCCAUUGCCACCUGCGAAGCCGCCGAACUCCUGGAGCAUGAUGCAUGUCAGAAUGAUCACCCAAUGCCAGAUCUAGGCCACCUUGAAGAACCCCAACGCCAUAAGCUGACUGAACUGCUUUGUCGUUACAAGGGGCUCUUUGAUGGUGGUGAGGAAGCAGUAGGUUUAGUCCAUGGGAUUAAGCAUCAAAUCGAUGCAGGAGAAGCAAAGCCCGUUUGUAACCGACAAUGGAGAUUGCCUCACUCCACACGGCAAGUCAUUCGAGAGCAAUGUGACUCCAUGCUUCGUACAGGGGUCAUUGAGGAGUCAACAUCACCCUGGAUGAGCCCAGUUGUGCUAGUGAAGAAGAAGGGCGGAGAUGCUCGUGCUGCGUACUGGAGUGUGGAAAUGGAAGAAUCCGACCGGCCAAAGACGGCAUUUUCAGAUGGCUACCGACUCUUCCAGUUCUGCCGUCUUCCUUUUGGGUUAUCGACAGCUCCAACCACAUUCCAGAGAACAAUGAAUGUCUUGCUGUCAUUGGCUGGUCUAAAGCUUAACAUGGAGAAGUGUCAGUUUGCUGCAACAACCGUAGACUUCCUCGGCUUUACGAUUUCACCUGAUGGAGUCUCCCCAAACAGAGAUAAGGUGUUGGCUAUCUCUAACACACCUCCACCACGAACAGUUAGAGAAGUUCGACGUUUCCUAGGAGCAACAGGAUUUUUCAGGAAGCAUGUUCAUGGAUAUGCGACCCUAGCAUCUCCAUUACAUCUGUUGCUGAAGAAAGAUCAAGCUUGGACCUGGGGACCUGAACAACAAACAGCAUUUGAAACUUUGAAAGAUAAGCUGAUAUCUGCUCCUGUCUUACGCCAGCCAGACUUCUCAAAGGAAUUUGAGCUUCACACUGAUGCCUCUAGCAUCGCAUUAGGAGCUUCUCAUGCAAAGGAUGACGACCAUACACCACAUGCAGUUGCUUAUUUUAGCAGGAAGCUCCGAGAUGCAGAGACUCGCUAUCCAGCUAUUGACUUGGAGGCCCUGGCUGUUGUGGAAGGAGUCCGAACUUUUGAUUCAUAUCUGUAUGGAAGGCGCUUCACAGUGUACACCGACCACCGACCCUUGGUAUAUGUGUUCAGCAGGAAAACUAAGUCUUGA